AAUCAGAAUCAGAACAAGGAAAGCUGUACUGUGUUUUGUAGCUGCAUUCCUUGGCACAAUUGUGCACUGUGCACAAUUGUGCUGUGCCAUUUCAAUUUGUAGGCUAGUUCAUUCUUGUCUUGGUGGAUGCUAAAAUGACUGUCGUUGCGUUGCUGCAGCACUUCUAGAAUCAGCAUUGUCCAUCUGUCCAUUGCUCAUCUGCAGCACAGAAUCACUGUUUGUGAAACAGAUAAUAUAUUCCGAAAAUGUCUUUCCUCGGCGCUCUGCGUAAGAGCCCGCUGUUCAGUGGCUUGGGUAGACGAUCCUACACGCCUCCUCUCUCCGUGUCAAGUAUGAACCGAAACAUGCUAGGUGUACAAUAUGAAGUUCGUGGCGUCGUCCCGCAGCAGGCCAGGCGUAUUCAGGCGGAGUUGCAGAAUGGCAGCACAGAGUACCCGUUCAAGGACAUCAUCUUUGCCAACAUCGGGGACAUGCACGCCAUGGGACAGACACCGAUCACAUUUGCACGCCAGGUUCUAUCUCUUUGCAUGUUUCCUGACCAACCUGACGGGACGUUUCCGCCGGACGUGCAUGAAAGAGCAAAGAACAUUCUGGAUGCUUGCAGUGGGAGGAGUAUAGGUUCCUACACGGACUCGGCCGGACUGGCCCUCGUCAGACAGGACGUCUGCAACUACCUGGAGAAGCGCGAUGGCCGGCCGGUUGAUCUGAACCGCUUGUUCCUGAUCGCAGGUGCUAGUCAGGGAAUCCGAGUAUUGCUUCAGUUCUUCAUGAACGGAUCCGGUCAACAUCGCAAGAAGCCAGCAAUCAUGGUGCCGGUUCCUCAGUACCCACUCUACUCGGCUACACUGACUGAACUGGGCGCACAUCGGAUUGACUAUUACCUGGAUGAGAGUUUAGGCUGGAAGCUGAGCGUAGACAAUCUGUACCGGUUGUUGGAGGAGAACAAGGACGAGUACGAGACACUCUGCUUGGUUGUGAUCAAUCCUGGGAACCCUACAGGGCAAGUGCUGACUAAAGACAACAUGAAGGAUGUACUCCACUUCUGCCAGAAGAACAAUGUUUUCCUUCUAGCCGACGAGGUCUACCAGGACAACGUGUAUAACUCAGACAGGCGUUGCUACUCCUUCAAGACCAUCCUCAACUCCAUGGGUGAUGAGUUCAAGGACUUUCAAAUGGCGGCGUUUGACUCGACGUCAAAGGGCUUUCUCGGAGAGUGUGGUUUCCGAGGUGGCUUUAUGGAAGUUGUCGGCUUUGAAGAUGAUUUGCUUGCUCAGCUGCGUAAGAUCAUGAACACGAAGCUAUGCCCCGGGACGACUGGCCAGAUUGCUGUCAGCUGUGAAGUGAACCCGCCCAAGGAGGGAGAUCCGUCUUAUGCCGUCUUCAAGCAGGAAAAGGACACAAUUAUGAAUUCUCUCGUCCUGAGAGCGGAAAUUGUUAGGAGUCGCCUCAAUGCCGUUGAGGGAAUUUCCUGUAAUCCAGUUGAGGGUGCCAUGUACGCUUUCCCCAACAUUACUAUUCCACCAAAGGCAAUCAAAGAAGCUGAGUCUCGUGACUUAUCUGCCGAUACAUUCUACUGUCUGGAGCUACUGAACGAGACCGGCGUGUGUGUGGUGCCUGGCUGUGGCUUCAAUCAAGCGCCGGGCACGUAUCACUUCAGGACUACCAUUCUACCACCGGAAGAUCUUCUAACGGACAUGAUGGAUAGGAUUGAGAGGUUCCACAACAGCUUCACACAGAGGUAUAGCUAAUACUUGACGACGUACAAUGUACUAGUAUCACACCGUUUGUCCACGCUACACACCACCAUUACCACGCCAGAGGAUGCCCUCUAACACACACACACAUACGCGCGCGCACACACACACACACACAUAAUCACGCACGCGCACACAUAAUCACGUUCGUCCAUGUCACGCAUCGGCAGUGAAUAGGCGCUCUGGUAGCAGGCUUACUUACCAACACAGGUCCCAUCUUGAAUGGAUCCCACGUCGCCUACAGUGGCCCUACGCACUCAAUAGACGCCACCACCAUCCAUCAGGUCAUUCUCCUGUUUAUAUUCUGUGUUGUCGCUGAUUCUGGCCGGCAGUUUCUGAACUAGUUUCGACGCUGUGCCCCUUGGCCAAGUGCCUAGAGCUAAAUGCCCUAGCUGUCAGUGCACUGCAGUCUAUAUAAGGACAUCUCUAAAUGUACAUAUCCUCACCUAGUAACCAUGGUAACAUCCCCCCCCCCCCCCCCGAUCCCAUGAUAAACCGCAAACAGAGUGGGGGCUAAUUCUAAUUCCAUUAUCAGUUAUAUUUUUAGCGCUUUACUCUUUGCCCGUGGUGCAAAAUUAGCGUGGAUAGUUGUGACACUUAUUUAUUCUUCUUGUCGUGUGCAAAGCACUCACAAAGUCAAACAGCAGACGAUCGACAAAGCUCUGUUGCGUUGAGACUGGACGCUACUAUGGAUUCGUAUUUUGUUGAGCUGGCUGGCUGGCUUAUUCCUAUCUCUGAUCUCUGCCUCAGCUCUCUUAUUUUAUGUGUUCUGUCUUCUUUUCGGGAAAAAAACUUGUUGCAGUAACUAGUCUAGUGUUUUAGUUUUGUUCUUAGUCCGUACUCUAUUAAACCAAUUUCUUUGCGGUGUGUAAUAUUUCAACUGCCCAACCCUGGUCUAUCCACUCAACUCUGUUGAGAUUAUCACAAUAAUAAUGGUCAUGUUACUGAGAGAGAGAGAGAGAGACGUCCAUAAGAUGAUGAUACAACAAUGAAGAUGAGAACUUGUC